AUGGCUAAAUACGUAGGUCCAUGCUUGUUUCUCGGAUUGGCUGUGAUAUGCACAGUCAUUGCUGUAUCUUCGGCGCGAGAUGUCCGGAGUAUGAGGGGAGAUUUGGAGGUGGCUGGUUCUCAUCACCAUCACCAUGGCCACCAUCAUGAACACGGCGGUGGCCACGAGCAUCAUUCUCAUCAUCACGGAGAACACGGUGAGGAGGGCCAUAAAGGUCACAAGGGCCAUCAUCAUCAUGAACACGGCGAACACGGCCAUCAUGGUAAGGAACACCAUGAGGGUCAUCAUCACGAGCAUGGCGGCCAUAAGAAGGGUCAUCACGACGAGCAUGAUGAGCACGGUAGCCAUCACGAGCACGAACACGGCCAUAAAGAAGCGAAAUUCGGCCACGGAAAGGGUCAUAAGAAAGGCGAGAAGACACAUGGCUAUCAUCACAAAUCCCAUAAGGAUGAGUUCCAUAAGGAACACAAGUUCUACGAUGAUCAUCAUAAAGGUGGCCACCAUGAGAAGCAUGGCGACCAUCACGAGCAUCAUCAUGGCAAGGAAGGUCAUCACAAGAAGGGUGGACAUCAUCAUUCUGGCCACCAUGAAGAUCACCACGGUAAGAAGGGUCACCACGAUAAAGGACAUUACGAUGAAGAUCACCAUGGUCAUCAUGGCAAACAUGGCCACGAAGAACACCAUCACCAUCACGAAGAUCAUGGAAAGAAGCAUGAGCAUCAUGGCGGCAAAAAGCAUGGUUAUUCGAGCGGCCACGGUGGUCACCACCAUCAUCAUCAUUAACGAUAUGAAACUUGCCAAUUUAGUGCGACACGAACAGAAUAAAUUGUUGCACCAUUUGUUCAUUGUCCUUUCGU